CAUAUCCUGACGGCUCAUUCAAGUCAACUUUCUUCAGGCCGUACAGUUGCUACCUUGCCCUUGCCUACCCUGCACACGCUGUGGCGAGUUUGGGGAGUCAUGUGGCGCAUGCUGACAGAAUAAAGGAGUCAUGACUAACUGACUGAAACGAGAUCACUGACUCGUGAUUAUGUCUGCUACUACCCCUCCAAGUCGAUGGUCAAUCACAACCAUUGCCAACUCCGCCAUCCAAGACCUUCUAGAACAUACAGGACACAAAUCCUGAUUCUGCCCUGGACAAUUUAUCUCUCUACUCUAGCCUACCGCCAGCAGGUAAGGUAGGUAAACGGCCCCUUAUCGCUUGUUUCCUUAACCCCAACUUAAAAAUUGUACUCUGCAGCCUCAUCGCAUAGUUCGCCCAAAAUGUCCACCGCAGUCAUCUCCGCCGAGGAUGCCCUUGAGCCCUCUCUGCAGUCUCUCCUGGACCAGCGAAGCCUUCGUUGGAUCUUUGUCGGUGGCAAGGGUGGUGUCGGCAAGACCACGACUUCCUGCUCCCUCGCGAUUCAGCUCGCCAAGGUCCGACGCUCUGUUCUUCUCAUCUCGACCGAUCCCGCCCACAACCUUUCAGAUGCUUUCUCUCAGAAGUUUGGCAAAGAGGCCCGCCUUGUCAAUGGGUUUGACAACCUGAGUGCGAUGGAGAUCGACCCGAAUGGUAGUAUUCAGGAUAUGUUAGCAGGCCAGGGCGAGGCCGAUGAUGUCAACGCUGCGGCUGGUGGCCCUCUGGGAGGCAUGAUGCAGGAUCUGGCAUUCGCAAUCCCUGGUAUCGACGAGGCUAUGUCCUUUGCCGAAGUCCUCAAGCAAGUCAAAUCCCUCUCAUACGAGACCAUCGUCUUCGACACAGCCCCGACAGGCCACACCCUGCGCUUCCUUCAGUUUCCCACCGUUCUCGAGAAGGCUCUCGCAAAGGUUUCUCAGCUGUCGUCACAGUAUGGUCCUCUCCUCAACGGAUUCCUUGGCUCCGGAGGCCAGCUACCCAACGGACAGAACCUCAAUGACAUGAUUCAGAAACUUGAAUCCUUGCGAGAGACCAUCGGCGAGGUCAACACUCAGUUCCAGGACGCCGAACUCACCACAUUUGUUUGUGUGUGCAUUGCAGAGUUUCUGAGUCUCUACGAGACGGAGCGUAUGAUUCAGGAGCUUGCUGGUUAUGGUAUCGAUACCCACUCCAUCGUUGUCAACCAGCUGCUCUUCCCCAAGAAGGCUAGCGAUUGCGAUCAGUGCAACGCCCGUCGCAAGAUGCAGCGCAAGUAUCUUGACCAGUAUGAAGAACUAUAUGCUGAGGACUUCAAUGUCGUCAAGAUGCCUCUCCUUGUUGAGGAGGUACGAGGAAAGGAGAAGCUUGAGAAGUUUAGCGAAAUGCUUGUUACGCCCUAUGUUCCUCCUGAGUAAGGCUGGUAUUAAGAGCGAGACAUAGACCGUGAUAUGGAAUACGAGAGAACGGAUAUUAGAUAGUGUCACAUAUAAAAGAGCACCGGUGGCGCGGAGUUGUGAAAUAAUUGAUUGAUGGCUUACGAUAAUACACGCUAGAAUUGAGAUGCAAACACAUUCAAUCACAAAAAAGAAGUACCCAACGAUUCUGAGUUAUCGUUCAUUUGUUUGUUUAUUCAUUGUUUGACCUCGACUUGAUUCAAGGUCUUGUUAAGUAAUGCACCGUUUCCCCAACCCUUGGCCGUACCUACGUAGACAUGAAAACCUGCCAUAAAGAAUCCUCGGAGGCCAUACCCCAACGCCGGUCAGUUCAGCCUGACGGUAAGUAUACUGAAAAAUCAAGCAAAUCAUGAUGAGCCUAGAGUCCCAAUCCAAAAUGCGACAGCCUGAAAAAGUAUGUGGCCACACUUAUACGAUGUAGUUUUAGUGGCGACCAGUAUUGUGAUAAAUGAGACAAACAAAGGAGAAGCAAUCGCUAGAAGAAGGAAUGAUAGUCGAAUCGAUGUUCAGAGCUCUCGGUAGUCGCUUGGUCGCACUCUUCGCUGUUUGUUCUGGUGUCGAUGAGGGUUAACUGGCUUACGAAAGUAGGCGUCUUCGUCCGCGCCAGCACCCUGUCCAAAGUUGCCGUUUUGAAAGCCGUUCAUUCCUCCAUUCAUGCUACCCAUGCCGUUCAUGCCAUUCAUGCCAUUCAUUCCGUUCAUGCCCAUGUCCCAACCAGGCAUGCCACCGAAUCCGCCAUUCAUGCCAGGGAACCCGGGCAUUCCCAUCAUGUUAGGCAUUCCCAUCAUAUUCAUAUUUGGCAUGCCCAUAUUCAUAUUACCCAUGUUUGGCAUGCCCAUCAUGUUGGGCAUCAUGGGCAUUCCGUUGAACAUCAUAUUAUUCAUGCCCAUGUUCAUGCCCAUCCCAUUCAUGCCCAUGCCGUUCACCAUAUUCUGUUGGUUCUGCUGGUUCUGCAUGGCCUUAGGACCCUUGGGAAUCCUUGGGUUGUCAAGAAUAUCAUCUGCGGGCCGUUUCUUGGAGCUGGUAUCUGCCGGUUUGAGAUUAUCUAGUUGUUUGUUCGUAUCUUGAGACGCGGAUACAAGGUUCUUAGGACCCGCGGGAGGUGAGUUGACAGUUGCAGUUUGAGACACCGGCGACUUUGGCUUUUCAUUGACGGGCGAGUCCUUAGUCUUGUCACUUGAUUCAUUCUCAGGCUUUUGCUCCAUAUUGUCGAUAGUCUCUUCUGUUGACUUCUCCUGCUUCUCUCCAUCUGACUUGGCAUCUGCCAAAGUCUUGGGCGACGGGGGCGGGGGAGUCUUGGCCGUUUCCUUGUCCUUCAAAUACUCUUGAAUCUUCUUAGAAGCUUCUUCAUCUGGCUGAAGGUCAUCAAUCAAUACGCCUUCUGACUGGCAAGCAGGGCAGACGAAGUCGCUUUCGAUGAGAGCAUUAGUUAUGCAAUCAUUACAAAAGGUCUUCUGACAGCAUGGAGUCUUCAUUGGCUCUAUGAACAUCUUCUUGUCAAUCGAACACUCCAAGCCCUGUUCCUGAAU